GUGGCAUGUAACACAAUCCCAUCAGUCGCAGCAUUUGCUUAUUCUGCAGGGUUUGUGCAGUGGUUUUGCACUGGGGUUUGGAUCCAGAGGGAUUUGGGGUUGGCUUACAUUCCCUUCCAGCGUCAGCGUCACUGUACAGGAGGAGGAUAAGACAGAGAAACUCCAAAAGUUGCUGAGCAGCAGCUGCAGAAAGGAACUCACCAGAUUCCUGGCACAGCAAUUCCACACACACAGCCCCAGAGGUGCAAGCGCUGGAUACAUUUGGACAGUGAAAAUGACAGCAAUGAAAAUUGUUUGGGAGCUACCGGUUGUUUCAAUUUAUGAAGUCGCAAUUACCUUUAUUGUAUUUGUAGUUACCCUUACCAUCAUCAGAGGUAGAAGGAAUGCUGUAAAUGUUGCUGUUUCUCUUCCAGGCCCUCGAUCAUGGCCUAUUGUUGGAAAUUUGUUACAGUUAGGAGAAUACCCUUACUUAACACUCACAAAAAUGCGUGAAGAAUAUGGCGAUGUGCUUUGCAUAAAACUAGGCAUGGUCCCAGUGGUGGUAGUAAGUGGUAUGGAGACGAUUAAACAAGCACUGAUCAAACAAGGAAACAGCUUUGCUGGUAGACCAGAUUUCUACACCUUUUCAUUGAUAGGCAAUGGGAAAACAAUGACAUUUAGUGAAAAAUACGGGGAGAGUUGGAAACUACAUAAGAAGAUUGCUAAGAAUGCUUUGAGGGCUUUUUCAUUAACAGAGGCCCAAAGCUCAACAUGCUCCUGUCUUCUCGAAGAACAUGUGUGUGCUGAGGCUACAGAAUUAGUCAAAGUGUUGUUGAACAAAGCUGAAAAGGAAGGCGCUUUUGAUCCUGUUGAACCUAUAACUAGCACUGUAGCAAAUGUCAUCUGUGCUCUUUGUUUUGGCAAGCGGUACGAACACAAUGAUAAAGAAUUUCUCAAUAUUGUCCACACCAAUCAUGAGGUUAUGAGAACAUUUGCUUCUGGAAAUGUUGCAGACGUGUUCCCAUUUUUCCGUUACCUGCCAAGCCCGUCUCUUAAAUCCAUGAUCAAGUUUGUUAACAGGUUGAACAAUUUUAUGAUUAAAUCAAUACAGGAACAUUACACCACAUUUGAUAAGAAUUGUGUGCGAGAUAUCACUGAUACUCUCAUUGCACUGUGUCAAAAUAGAAAGGUGGGGUGGAAUAACGCUGUGUUAACUGAUGAACAAAUUGUUUCCACCGUGACUGACAUAUUUGGAGCAGGCUUUGAUACAAUCAUAACUGGUUUGCAGUGGUGCUUGCUUUACCUUAUACAGUAUCCUGAAUUCCAAACAAGAAUCCAACAAGAAAUAGAUGAAAAAGUUGGACAAAGUAGAUUGCCGAGGUUUGAGGACAGAACAUUGUUGCCUUUCACUGAAGCCUUCAUCAAUGAAGUGUUCAGACACACGACUUAUAUGCCAUUCACAAUUCCUCAUUGCACAACAGCCAGCACAACGCUUAAUGGCUAUUUUAUCCCCAAGGAUACUUGUGUCUUCAUAAACCAAUAUCAGGUUAAUCAUGAUGAGACACUGUGGCAGGAUGCAGGAUCAUUCAUUCCUCAAAGGUUUCUGGAUGAAAGAGGAGGGCUCAAUAAGGAUGUGACUGAGAAAGUCAUGAUGUUUGGGAUGGGUAUGAGGAGAUGUCUUGGUGAGAACAUUGCACGCUUAGAGAUGUUUAUCUUUUUAACUAGUUUGUUGCACCAGCUGAAGAUUGAGAACCUGCCUGACCAGAAACUUGAUCUGACUCCAAAUUAUGGACUCACAAUGAAACCCAAAUCUUACAAGAUUAUUGUGUCUCCACGCAUAUAGUGGGACCUGAUAUAUCACUUUAGCCAUACUUGCAGAUUACUACUUAUACCAAGAUGUGUCACUAAUAAUGCCAUCCAGAUAAUUUAAAACAGGAGUUUGUAUUCCUUUCAUUUAAAACUGUAUAUUUUUUAAAAUAAAACUGGGACAUUCCUCUGAUGCCUUAAUCAGUAAGCACAUCACAGAAAUCAGAAGGUCACUGGUUUGAUUUCCAAUCUAACCAGAAGUUGCAAUUAAACUCUAUCUUUAAACUCGGGAGUCCUGUAGCUCAGUUAGAGCACUAGCCGCGCAAGUUUCCUUACUCCA